GGGCGGCGUCGCGCGGGCUCCUCCUCCUCCUUGCCCUCUUCGGGCUCAGCCGCCGCGCUGCCCGGCUGCUCCGUCCUCUGGACGCCCGCGGCGAUGUUCACCCGCGCCGUGAGCCGACUGAGCAGGAAGCGGCCGCCGUCUGAUAUCCAUGACGGCGAUGGGAGCUCAAGCAGCGGCCACCAGAGCCUCAAGAGUACUGCCAAGUGGGCAUCCUCCCUGGAGAAUCUUCUGGAAGAUCCAGAAGGAGUGCAGAGAUUUAGGGAGUUUCUGAAAAAGGAAUUCAGUGAAGAAAAUGUCUUGUUUUGGCUAGCGUGUGAAGAUUUCAAGAAAAUGGAGGACAGGAAGCAGAUGCAGGAAAAGGCCAAGGAGAUCUACAUGACCUUCCUGUCCAAUAAGGCCUCUUCGCAAGUCAACGUGGAGGGGCAGUCUCGGCUAACUGAAAAGAUUCUGGAAGAACCACACCCUCUGAUGUUCCAAAAGCUCCAGGACCAGAUCUUCAAUCUCAUGAAGUAUGACAGCUACAGCCGCUUCUUGAAGUCUGACUUGUUUCUGAAACCCAAGCGCGCUGAGGAGGAGGAGGAGGAGCCUCCGGAUGCUCAGACUGCAGCUAAGCGAGCUUCCCGAAUCUACAACACAUGAGCUGAGCCCUUCACCCUGACAGAGCAGAGGGAUGGACUCUUAGAACUGUACAGGGUGUCAUUGCUUUGUUGUGUUUGAGGACUGGAGUGUGCUAGGCCUUCCCUUGGGAUAUGUGUAUUUUAUUAAUUGAACAGCAACCUCUGCAUGAUGCUAAUCUUCCAUUCAAAACAAAAGUAGCUUUAAAGUGUCAGUUCACAAAACACAUGAGAUUCCUCCAACACUGGACACUCAGAGCCUUUUAAUCUUGAUUAAAGUGUUCGUGAAGCUACAAGUGAA